AUGCAUUCCAAACCCAGCAAUGAGACGGCGAUCAGCCCAACAUAUCAGCAUGUCAUCGUGAAAGGACUACCCUAUGAACGAGGACUGACCCAUGGUCGGCGAGCCCAAGAAAAAGUCUGUGCAAAUGUCCAUUACUAUCGAACCCCGGGCAAACUGGUUUCGCCCCACCUCAUCGACCAGAUUAUCGACCAAGUCUACAAACCUGCAAUAAAGAUGUAUUAUCCAGCUGCGCUCGACGAAAUGCAAGGCAUUGCCGACGGCGCUGGGGUAACGCUAGACGACAUCAUCCUAUUGAAUUCGCGGUAUGACCUUGCACGCAUCGACGAGCCCGACAACAGUAGCCCUCCUGCAGAAGUCACCCUGGACCAGGCUAAUGAAUGCACAAGCGCAUUCUUCCUGAAGGAAACCAAUCCGGAAGGCCACGUUAUCAAUUCACAGAACUGGGACAUGUCGGCGCGGCUAUGGAAACAGGACGCCAUCAUCUAUCUCGAAGUCCACCCAGAUCCCUCUGAAAACAAGCCCAAUUUGUUCCUAGUCACCGAAGCGGGACAACUCGGUCGCUCGGGAAUGAAUUCGCUCGGAAUUGGCGUGACUGCAAAUUCACUCAUGUCCUCCGAUGACUACGUACCACUUGCGGACGUCGAUGCAAGAGCUGGUCCCCAGCAGAAGUUCAUCUUGCCCAUUUCGUUGCUGCGGCGUAUGGUUCUAGAGUGUAAUCAUUUAUCGGAAGCGUUUACUGCAGUCUUCAACUUUCCACGACACGUCUCAAAUAAUCUGACCAUUGCCACUGCCGAAGGGUUUGGUGUCUGUCUCGAAAUCACGCCCGAUCGAGCGUACAAAGUGUAUGGAGAUAUAGAUGACCAUUACCUGGUACAUACGAACCACUUCACCCAUGCCGGUUUUGAGUCGCGAGCAGACAUCCGUGACCGUUACCCAGGCGGUAGUAGUUGGCAUCGACGCCGGAGGUUCGAGCAAGGAAUACGCGGUGACGCUCUUGCAGGUCGCUUGACCCAGAAAAAGCUCAUCACGGCAUUCUCGGAUCAUCUGAGUUAUCCCGAGGCACUAUGUUGUCAUCCAGACGAUAGCCCGGUUGAUGCCAUAAUUGGACAUCUCCCAGGAUAUCCAUUUCGUGGGUCGACUGCAACUGUCGCAUGCGUAAUGUAUAACCUGACAACAAAGACUGUCACUGUGUGUAAAGGUCCUCCCUGUCAAGGUAAGUUCGAGACCUUUCAAUUACAUGGGCCAUCGGCAUCCGAAAUCAGAAACUCGGCUGUAUCACGAGUGGACAACAAGCUCCGACCCGAAGUCCCAUAA